GCCAAAACAAAAAGAACCAGCAAGCUUCUGAAAAAGCAGCAGGUUUGCAAAAACAACCAGCAGUUUCCCCCCCAAAGCAGCAGAUUUGCAAAAAAAAAAAAAAUCCCGGCAACUUCCCGAAAAAGCAGCUGAUUGGGAAGAAAAGCGGCAAGUUUCCGAAGAAAACAGCAGAUUUGCGAAGGAAGCCCAGCAAGUUUCUGAAGAAGCAGUGGAGUUGCCAAAAAACCCCAAACCCAAGUUUCUGAAAAAGCAGUGGGUUUCCAAAGAAAAAUAAAGCAAAUUUCCAAACCGCCGUCGGCAAGCGAGCGUUAUCCCAACAGUUUUGCUGCUGGACGCUGAUAAACGUUCCUCCUUCGAGCUGAGCACCGGAGGCCAUGGAUGCACGGCGCUGGAGGGGUCUCCUGCCCGGGAAUCUUUCCGACUGUCCCAACGGCUCCCGCUGGGUGAUGGACGUGUUCAACGAAUGUGCUCAGGACGGCCGGGACAUCGCCAGCAUCGUCCUGGGUCUGGUUUCCAUCUUCUGCUUUGCGGCUGCGUCUUUUCCGCAGUUUUACCAAGCCUGCAAAACGGGCAUCAUGGACCGGGCUCUCUCCAUCUAUUUCCUGCUGGGGUGGCUGGGUGGAGACCUCCUAAACCUCAUCGGUUCCUUCCUGGCCGAUCAGUUGCCGCUGCAGGUUUACACAGCUGUUUACUACGUGCUGGCAGACCUGGUGAUGCUCUCUCUCUACUGCUACUACAAAGUGAAGAACCGGGGCGGAGGAUUCGCUGCCCUGAUCAACGCAGCCUUCGUCUUCCUUUCCCUGGGGACGGUGUUGACCGUCUCCUUCCUGGGCAGAGGUGCUGCCGUGGCGCAGGACCCGGCGACGUUUAAAGGGAGGUCUCUGCUGUCCGCUCGCGUGGAUGAGCUUGUGUCAAAGCCUUUCACCAGGAGCGAGAUCAUUGGCUUCACCGUCGGCUCCGUCUCCUCCGUGCUCUACCUGUGCUCCCGAGUCCCCCAGAUCUACACUAACUACAAGAGGAAAUCCACCAUCGGGGUCUCCUACUCCCUCUUUGCCCUGGUGAUGCUGGGGAACUCGCUCUAUGGCCUCAGCAUCCUCCUGAAGAACCCCGAGCCGGGGCAAGGCGAAGGCGACUACGUCCUGCACCACCUCCCCUGGCUGGUGGGCAGCCUGGGCGUCCUUUCCCUCGACGUGGUUAUCUCCUUCCAGUUCCUUGCUUAUCGGAGAGGCAGACCCGGUACCCGCGAAGAGAGGGAUGCUCUUCUCGGCGAGCAGGGUGACGGCUUGGAGAGCUGACGAAGGGACCUGCCCCGGAGCGAGAACAGGAUGAUGCAGACGAGAAAGCAGGCUUUAACGCCGGGCAAACCGGCCCCUCCAUCCUGGCGGCUCUUGGGAGAAGAGGACCUGAGCCCGUGGGUGACAUGUUGUGCUGCUAAGACGCUAAGGCCAGCCAGGUGGCAGAGGAUGCUGCUGAGAGACCUCGUGCCUCUUCCAUACCAGUGACGCUAUUGGGAUAAACAGGGAAUUAUUUGAUACCUCAAAAGGUCGCUCUUUGCCGCUCCACAGCUGAGCCCGGUCACUUCUGCUUUACCUGCUGUCUCUCAAGGGUGAUCUGGAGCUUCCCCGGUACUGGUAAACAUGAGAAGAGCCAAAGGGGCUGCGGGAAGGGGACAGAGAUGACCGACCCGCCGUGAACACGAGCAACCCUUACCUCUGUGGGCCUCACGUCUCCACCACUGAGCUCCUUCUGGAAGAUACGGCAGCGGCUGGAACCAGUUCAGAAGGAAGGAGCAGCGUAACCAAAGUGUUUCGGUCCACACAUACCUAUUUUAAUUAGCACGGCUCACCCGUCUAUAAAACAAGUCCUUGCCCCACGUGCCUCCUUUGGUUUUAUUUUGCCGGUUCCUCUGGCAGCUCCUGCCUCUUUCUUAAUGCAUCUCAUAGUCCCCGUUUCUCUGACAUCUCAUUUUUUGCCUCACCCACAUUUUAAUUUCUUGGGGAAGUUACUUCAUCACUUUCUGGUUAGCUGCGGAGGCAGUUACCCAGGCAGAAGGUGCUGCCUCUCUGCUGGGUCUGGUUUUUCGGUCCUGCCCUCUCUUGUUGAUGAAUUUAUCCCCAACACUGACGAAUUUAUCCCCCUCUCGGGGCCCUGCACACCAGCACGGUGCCUC